GCAACAUGGCUGACGAAGUUGCAAUUCUGACAGCUCGGGCUAUUCAAGCUGAGGCGGAGAUAGCUACCUUGGAAGCAGAGAUUGCCCAGCUCCAAGACCCAGCAAGGCUGUUGGCCAAUGGAAUUGUCUCUCCCCAAUUAGAGGUUCUACGGACUGAAAAUGCCAAACUGAAGUUCCAAGCCACUCACUUGGAAAGGAACAUUGCCAGAGAGCAAGCACGAACUCCAGACUAUAUGGUCAGCAUCAAUCAGAUCGUGACUGACAUGUUCACGCUAGCCAUUGGUCAAGCCUACCCUGACCUGGAUGAUAUACCUGUACUUAUACAGAAGGGAAAGUUUGCUGACUACCAGUGUAACAGUGCCAUGUCCAUAUGUCAGAAACUGAAGGCACAGGGAGUGAAGGCCAGCCCACAGCAGAUUGGAAAUGCCAUCAAAGAUCAGAUACCUCAAGUCGACUUCUUUGAAAAGCUGGAGGUAGCAGGUCCAGGGUUCAUCAAUGUGUACCUGAGCAAGUCAUACAUUGCCCAGCAGGUGAACAAUCUGCUGCGAGACGGGGUGCGACCACCAAGGGUGAUGGCCCGCCGCCGGGUCGUUAUAGAUUUCUCAUCACCAAACAUUGCCAAGGAAAUGCAUGUUGGGCAUCUUAGAUCCACAAUUAUUGGUGAGAGUAUAAGCCGGUUGCUGGAAUGGGUGGGGCAUGAUGUUUUGCGUUUGAACCACCUUGGUGACUGGGGCACACAGUUUGGCAUGCUGAUCGCCCACCUGAAGGACAAGUUCCCCAACUACCUCACCGUCUCUCCACCCAUAUCAGACUUGCAGGCUUUCUACAAGGAGUCCAAGGUUCUGUUUGACUCUGAUGAAGAGUUCAAGAAGCGAGCAUACAGUGCCGUCGUGAAGCUUCAGAGCCGAGAUCCAGAUCACAUGAAGGCUUGGAACCUCAUCUGCGAUGUCUCCAGGAAUGAGUUUAAGAAAGUUUAUGACCGACUUGGUGUGACAAUUGUGGAGCGAGGGGAGUCCUUCUACCAGGAUCUCAUGCAAGAUGUGGUACGAGAUCUUGAUGAUAAAGGCCUGACUGAGAUGGACGAUGGCCGCAAGAUCAUGUUUGUGGAGGGUCAGAAGGUACCGCUGACACUGGUGAAAUCUGAUGGAGGGUUUACAUAUGAUACAUCUGAUAUGGCAGCUGUACGACACAGGCUGCAUGCAGAGAAAGGAGACUGGCUUAUAUAUGUGGUUGAUGCCGGACAGGGAACCCAUUUUGACCUCUUCUUUGCUGCCGCCCAGAAGGCAGGAUACUAUAACCCAAAUCUGAAACGAGUUGAACACGUUGCCUUUGGUGUUGUACUGGGAGAGGACAAGAAGAAGUUUAAGACGCGGUCCGGUGACACAGUGCGCUUGGUCGACUUGUUGGAUGAAGGCAUUGCAAGGACACAACAGAAACUCAUCGAAAAAGGCAGGGACAAGGAGCUGACAGCAGAGGAACUACGACUAGCACAGGAAGCGGUGGCCUAUGGGUGUAUCAAAUAUGCAGACCUCUCACACAAUAGAUGUAACGACUAUGUGUUUUCCUUUGACAAGAUGCUCGAUGAUCGAGGCAACACUGCAGCCUAUCUUCUGUACGCCUACACACGAAUACGGUCCAUAGCCAGAGCAGCGAAAGUGACCCCAGAGCAGCUGAAGAUGACAAUAGCCAAGGAAGGGGUUUCACUUGAAGAUGAAAAAGAGUUGAAACUGGCUAAAUGUAUACUGCGCCUUUCUGAGGUGAUCUUGAAGUGUCUGGAUGACUUACUUCUGCACAGUCUGUGUGAUUACUUGUAUGAGUUGUCAACAACGUUUACAGAGUUUUACGACAAGUGCUACUGUAUUGAAAAAGACAGAGACACAGGUGUCAUAGUGAAGGUGAACAUGAGCCGUAUCCUGUUGUGUGAGGCAACUGCAAAUGUGAUCGCUGCGUGCUUCCAUAUCCUGGGUAUCACCCCUGUCCAGAAAAUGUGAUCAACCUACUCCCUCUAGAAUAUAUAGAACAGUCCCAGCCAAUGAGUUUGACUUAAGUUAUUAAUUAGUGAAUGUUAAGGAAUUCCAUGUGAAGUAAUAGGUUCAAUGUAAUUUUUGGAUGGUAUAUGGGUUAUAUGUGUUUUAAUGGCAAUAUUAUUGACUGACUCUUGCACAGUUAUAAUGGGCUAAAACAGAUAAAAUUUAGUACAGAUUAUAUAUGCCUCAGCAUAAAUGCAUCAAUGGACUGUUCCAGGGAAAUGUUUGUAAAACUAAUGCAUGUCUAAAGUGUUUGCUUUAAAUAUUCUUUACUGUAAUUAUCAGUGGAUAUAGCAUGAAAAAAAUGCUCUUUAAAAUGGCAUAUCUGCAUAUCAGCUCUCUAUUUUACCUGGCAAAGCUUUCCAAAUUUCUCUGAAUAAAGUAUAAAAUGUA